AUGGCUUCAUUAAUUAAAGAAUUUAAAAAAUUAAAAGUUUUCUUACCAAAGAGAAUGAGAGAGUUGUUAAUUCCUUCUGAUGAAGGUUUUUUCGAUACAAAUUAUCGUUAUCCAGCACCAGGUUCACAAACCCCACCAGAUAUUACCAAUAAACAAUUUGUAAAAACACGUCCAUUAACAAGAGUUUACAAAUUUUUAAAAAAGAGAGGUGAAGUUUUAUCAUUAAGAAAACAACCAACAUUAGAUGCACCAACUGAAAAUUUAACAGCAGAAGAGAAAGCAGAGAAAUUAUUCUAUGAAACAGAACCAUACCCAUUGACAGCACCACGUAUUAAAGAUAAUAAAGUAUUCUUCCAUAACAUUAAAGCCAUGGAAGGUUUCGAUAUUAGAAAUGUCAGAAGUAUCAAUAAGAAUAUCUCUAAAAUUGAAAAUGAAUUUGGUGUCCCAAUCGAUAGAAAAGUUCUUCGUUUCGAAGAAUCAGAAAUUGAUACCGAUGAACCACUUCCAAAGAGUACAAAUAAUCUUUUCUAA